AUGGAAGACCAAUCCAAGGAGAUUCAGCCACCCAGCUACAUAGCCACGAUUCGGGAGUGCGAUGAGAUGGUCGCUCUGGUCAACAUGGUGUUGGAAAGCGUCGCCGACUCAUCUUUUAACGACGCCGACGCCUUCUCAACCGAGCGCCUCCGAAGAUUUCUCUGGUUCCUCAUGGCACGCGAUUAUUGUAUAGGCCACUAUUGGGUACGCCACUCGCGCGAUUUCCAAGGCUAUUCUGAUGCCAAUACCACACCCUGGUUAUUCGCCGAGGACACCGACUACUUCAACAAAGUUUUCGUGUAUAUCGACCAGACUCUCAUGCGCCAGCGCAGGUGUGGACUCGACAAUUGCGACAAGACAGCCGCGGGUGCGUACCUCUGGAAGCAUAUCCACGCGCCUGCGCGGGCCCUUGGCCUGCCCAUGGAGGCCGUCGUAUUGCGUAUCCGCCAUUUCGCCUUGUUUAAAACGCAAUACAAUCUUGGUGUCUGCAAAUACGAUGGCUGCAUAAGGAAAACUUACUAUACGUACGACUUUAUGGAGUUGGCCCGGAAGUUUCUCUUGGAUCGUGGAACCAUUGUACCACGCGUUGCGCCCAAUCCAGUUGCUGGGAGAGUUAUGAUAGGGAAAAUCCGGGAAUUCGUAGAGUACUAUUUCAACCGGCUUGAUGGUUUCGAUUACAAUCUCACUUUGGAUCUUGAUAAUACCUCACACAAAGUAUCAUCAUAUCAUGAGGAGCCCAUCACCUUCGAGCUUGGAAAUGGUGGAAAGCGCUAUCAAAUGCAUGAAAAAUCGUGGGAUCGGGAAUCUCGCAAGGCUAUCGCACACCUUUAUGAUAUUGCUCGGCCUGGGGUUUUGCGGAGGAUGACGAAACACGGUCUCGAAGCCUCGAAAGGUGUUCUUGAGAGGGUGCUUUUCGGAAACAGUCAGAGGAAAUAUACUAGAUAA